GCCGGCUUAACAAUCACCUGAAGCCCAGCAGGGUGAAUUCACACCUGCUCAGCUCACAGUCCUUUGCAGUAAUCAAGAAGCCAUACAAGUUAUGGAUUAUGGACAUUAGCAACUUCUGCGGAAUAUUCUGAACACUUGAUGGUGUUUUUAAGGCGUGGACUCCUCCCGACUGAGCGCGCAAAGCGCCUGCCUGGAUGCCUGCGCGCUGCGUUUUCCUGCUCGGCUGCUCACCGCCACCAAACCGUAAACAUUUGGCAAGGAUGGAUCAGAUCUGAUGACAUUAUCAUGGCACACAGCCUUGCGAUUCACAGCAGGGAUCAGCUUUGACAUGACUGUAUCCUAACGCUUAGCCGAUCCUUCUUAGUUGCGCAUUUGUCACUUUUUUCCUUUUUUUUUUUUUUUUUUGUUUGUUUGUUUUUGUUUUCUCUCCCGGCACAGAGAUGGGUUCGGAGAAGCCAAACUUUCUCUCGCAGCCCGUGGUGAAGAACGUCUUUAUGUUCCGGAACGGAGAUCCAUUCUAUGAGGCCCGACGCAUAGUGAUCAACGAGAAGAGAGUGUCCAACUUUGAGACGCUACUGCGAGAGGUGACCGGCGGCGUACAGGCUCCGUUCGGGGCGGUGAGGAACAUCUACACGCCGAGAGGGGGGCAUAAGGUGGAGCGGAUGGAGAACCUGCAGAGCGGGGAGCAGUACGUCGCCGCAGGAAAAGAGAAAUUCAAAAAGCUCGAUUAUCUAGAUAUUGGCACCAGAAAGAAGAGGAUGAUGCAGACUCUGCCACCCCAGGCCAGACCACUGCCACAAAAUCGAAUCAUUGUGUCGGCACGAUUUCUAAAACCAAUCAAAGAACCAUGCACAAUAUUUGUGGUAGCAAACGGUGAUGUGUUGAACCCUGCAAUGAGAAUGCUGAUCCACCAGAGGAUGAUGGGGCAAUUCGACAGAAUACUUGAAAUGAUCACAGAAAAGAUGGGUCUGAGAGUCCUUGGAGGUGUGCGUAGUCUCUACACUUAUGAAGGCCAACAGGUGACCGAUGGGAAUAAGCUGGAGUGCGGGCAGCUUUAUGUGGCUGUGGGUAGAGAGAGAUUUAAGAAGCUUCCAUACAGUGACCUACUCUUCACUAGGCCCAAAGGAACAAGAAGGAUCAGAGGAAUGAAGGCUCAUUCCUUACCACCAAUCUAUCGAUUCUCAAAACAGAGUGGAAAUAGUAAGUGCACUGGUCGUUCUAGCGACAGUGGGGAUGGAGAUUCCAAAGCAUCUCCUUCAAACCCCCGCAGCAACAGCAAAGAACACCUGGCAUCUGCUGUAAGAGAGAUCUCUCAGGCCAGGCUCCUCACCCUCAGUAAGAAGAAGAGUGGACAAAGCAUCACUGAUGGACCACCGGAUAACGAUGAUGUAGAGGGAGAGGUUGGCAGUGAAAACAUAGAGGCAGAAACGUCCCAAGAUCAGGAAGCUGAAGAGAAAUCCGAUAUGUCUGAUGGUCAAAAUACCUCAAAGGAGGACAGUGAAAAGGACAAAGAAAAACCUUGUUCUGAAAACAUCACAGAAACCGAUAGACCGACAAGCAAAGAUGACGAGGAGGAGGUCCAUGAUACAAAUGUUGUAAAAGAAGAAGAGGAGAAGAAGGAAGCUGUUGCACAAAAUGAUGAAAACAUAGAGGAGAAAAAUGUAGAUGAUGAGCAAAAACAUGAAAAAGGAGAGGAGAAGAAGGCAAUUGAAGAACAAAAUGAUGAAAAACAAGGGGUAGGUACUGUAGUAAAUGAGCAGAUGGUGGAUGACGUUAAAGAAACAGUGAAGGAAGAGGUCAGAGAAGAGAGUAAGAAUGAGGUUAAUAGCGAGGAGCAAGGAUCUACUAGCAGUGCUGUUGGUGAUAAGACCCAGGACAAUAAAGAGCAAAAGGAAAGUCUAACUACAUCCUCUGAGGCUGAGAACGAGCAAAGCAAUAAUAUAGAUGAGGAUAAGCAGGAUAAGCAAGAGAAAGCUGGUGGUAAUAGGGAGGAAAGCAGCAAUGACCACAGUAAUGAUGCAGACACAGGGGAGGCACAAGAAGAGACUGAAAACAACAGCAACCCUGGCGAGACUCAGCCAGAGAACAAGAGAAAAGGAAGUGGAAAUACUAGAAGCAGCACCAGGAACAGUAACCAGGAGGAAGAUGUGACAAAAUCAAAAGAUGAGGCUCCCAAAGAGUUAGUAAACGAAGAUACAAAAAUUAAUGGAGAGGUGAAUGGAGAUAAUGGAAAGGAAGAAAGGCAAGCAGAUCAGGGAACCAAGAAUUCAGUUAAUUGUGAAGAUGCCACAGAAGCAAGAGAUAAAGAGCAGGAUGUUGCUAAAGAUAACCAAGACAACAAAAGUGGUAAUGAAAAUGAUUAGAGAAGAAAUAGAAAAAGCAAUUGUAAAAGUAAAAUAAGCAUCUGCAAAAAAAAGCAACAAAACG